AAAUAUCGAAGAUUUGCCUGUCGUUAUUGUGGAAAAAGAAUAUAAAAGUAUGGAUUUUAAUGGUCAACCUUCAGCAUCCAAUUGUACAUCACCAGACAGAAAGCGGUUACGUAGAGUGACACCAAAAUCUUCAAAUGUUUCACUGCCACAAAAUGCUAAUUACGAGGAUUGUCGUUAUUUACUACCGCAUCAGCAAUUUGAAAAGUUUUUCGAUGAUGAAUUAUUGGGACACAUUUGCGAACAAAGUGCAAUGUAUGCGAUCGGACAGAAUAGACCUAACCCAAGCAUAAUAGUCGGCGAACUUCGAGCAUUUAUUGGCAUAUUGGUCAUUACGAGAUACAAUUACCACGCCAAUUUCAGAAAUUUAUGGAGCCAAGAUGAAGAUAUUCGCAACAGCUUAGUGAGUAACACAAUGCGUCGAAAUAGAUUUCAGGAAAUUUUGCAAAAUCUUCACUUCGAAGACAACUCUAAUGCUUCUUCAAAAAACGGCGACGCCAAUCCCGAUAAAAUGCGGAAAUUGCGACCAUUGACUGAUCAUUUAAAAGCAAAAAUGAUUGAUCAUUUUCAUGCCGAACAAAAUCUAUCCUUUGACGAAAGUAUGAUUUCCUACUUUGGCAGACACGGAUGUAAGCAGUUUAUCAAGGGCAAACCAUUUCGUUUUGGGUAUAAAGUUUGGUCCCUUUGCACUCCAUCGGGCUAUAUGGUGAAUUCGAAAUUUACCAAGGAAAGAAUCCUCGUGCAAACGAAGAUUUUGAAGCGAAGUUUGGAAAAUGUGCUGCUCCUUUGGUCAGUAUGGUUGACGAUUUCCCUGAUUUAUUGAAAGUGUUACCGUUUUCGUUUUAUUUCGGCAACCUUUUCACUAGUUAUCCUUUGUUAGCUUUUCUGAAAAGAUGUGGAUAUAAUGCCACGGGAACAAUCCGUGAAAACCGCAUUCCUGCAAGCUGUCUUCUGAUGCACAAAAAAAUUUUUAAAUCAAUGGAUAGAGGUUACUCGGAAUCAAUUGUUAUGAAAAGUACUGGUAUUCGUUUGGUGAAAUGGAAAGAUAAUAAUGUUGUCCGCUUAUUGUCUACCACUUUUGGUGAAAAUCCUAAGUCAAUGGCACAACGUUAUUCAAAGCAGAGUAAAUCCCGAAUAAACGUACCCCGUCCUUGUGCGAUCACUGAAUAUAACAAAUAUAUGUGUGGAGUAGAUCGUUUCGAUCAAAACUUGGACCAGUACCGCAUCGCAUACA